AGACACAAAGACCUGUUGUUCUCAAUUUAUCACUAACCUUUAAGUUGGACGCAACUACAACAGGUCCAAGUGUAUAAAUUGAAACGCACGUCCAGUUUGAAAACACAGUUUCAUCUAGCUAUAAUUUCGAAUAACAUAAGAAUGGCGCAUUUUUCUGUCGCCUCACUCACCCAAGUUGUUUUGCUGUGGGUUUUCAUCUGUUGGACGCCGAGUUCGACUGGCGCUGCCUUUUACUUGGAGGAAGAAUUCCUACAACUGAAGGAAAAUUAUAUUCAAAUGAAACAAGACGUGACAAGUUUGAAAUCGACAGCGAUUGAACAGCAGGCAAAAGUGACACAAUUGGAGGCGCAACUUGAACUAAAUAAUGAACGAAGACAAGAUUUGGCAUUGAAAGUAACUCAGUUAGAGGCCAAAAAUGUCCAACUGGAAGUCAAACUUCAGGAUCAAGAAAGAAUUUUAACUUCCUUAUUGGAAGCGGCUGAACUUCCGGUUUCCACUGAUUCAAAAUUAUUUCCAGUUAAUAAAAAAAUUUUCAUUCAAUCAACUGGAAAGAUCGGAAUCCCAAGGACAUGCAGAGAACUUCAUGCGGCCGAUCCUUCACUUCCAUCCGGAAUGCACUGGAUCGAUCCGGACGGACAAGGUGUCGGCGAUAACCCAAUUUACGUUUACUGCGAUAUGACAUCAGGAUCGACCUCAAUUGUACACGAUAGUGAAUCUUCUAUAAAUGUGGGCCACUGCGCCGAUGCCGGGUGCUAUUCACGUUCCAUCAACUACAAUUCGUCAAUGGGACAAAUCAAAGCUUUGAUGGAAUUAUCCACUGAAUGCCAUCAGUCGAUUAGAUACGACUGCAACUAUGCUCCAUUCGAGUUAAAUGGCGUCGCCUAUUCCUGGUGGAAUGACAGAGAAGGAAAUGCGCAAUAUUUUUGGGCCGGAAGUAACACGGGCGGAGUUCACACCUGCCAGUGCGGAAUUGAUGGAAACUGUGUCGAUUCAGCGGUGAAAUGCAACUGUUACACGAUUUCACCAAUUCAAUUAGUCGACGACGGUGUCAUUACCGACAAAAAUGUUCUGCCCAUCACUCGUUUGAAUUUCGGACGAACUCAACUGGAAACUUCAUCCGGCGUCCACACGCUGGGCCGACUCGUGUGCACCGGUUUAGUGACUUUGACUGGACUGCCAAAGUCGUGCCAAGAUUUGUGGUUAAUUGGCCACACCCUGAACGGAUUUUAUUACGUCAUGGGAUCGGCGAAAAUGGAAUCCGUUUACUGCGAUUUCACUAAACUACCGGACGAUGCGGGUUUUCAAAAAUGGAUCGGAUACGCCGACGUUAAAUCGGCACCCGUCCAUUUCUACGUCCAAAGAAAUUCUUCAUUUUCCACAAUGUACACUCCGAUUCCGUACGAUUUGGCGGUGAUGAACGAGGGACAUGCCAUGGAUUUGACAUCGGGGAUAUUCACGGCACCGCGACCGGGAAUUUAUUUUUUCUCUUUUGCGGGAACGGCGUAUCUUUCAUCUUCAUCUCCUGUUGCGUUUCAUUCUCGUCUUAUUUCGAACGGGAAUCUAAUCGGGGCGAGUUACGUCAGAGAAGAUAACGGCCCCGUUAAUCAAUUGAGUCCGUUGACCCUCCAGUCGACGUUGAACUUGAAAAAAGGCGAUCAACUCUGGGUGGAAAUUUAUUAUUCUUCUAGUUCAUCCUCGUCUUUGUAUGACGUCAGUACCCACCACUUUACCCAUUUCAUGGGUUUCAUGUUGGAGGAGGAAAUUGUGGCGUCCCUUUGAGGUUUCGGGUUCAACAUCCAAAAUUUGAAAAAUGAACGUCGACACGAAAAUUUGGGGAAGGGAAUUUUAAGGAGAAGGGAAAUAAACUCAUUCGUUUCCAAUUCAUUAAGAAAUGGAUAUUUCUUUACCA